AUGGCCAAGGACGUCUUUUCCGUCCCCGUCUUCCUCAUCGUCUUUCGCGAGACGCUUGAGACGGUCAUCAUCGUCUCCGUCCUGCUGGCCUUCCUUAAGCAGACGCUCGACGGACCCAAUCGCGAUGUCAAGAUCUACAAGAAGCUGCGGCGACAGAUCUGGCUCGGCGUCGGUGCCGGCUUCCUCAUCUGCAUGAUCAUCGCCGCCGCCCUCAUCGGCGUCUUCUACACCGUCGGCAGCAACUCGUGGGAGGCCAACGAGCACUACUACGAGGGCGCCUUCUGCCUCGUCGCCUCGCUCAUCAUCACCGUCAUGGGCGUCGCCCUCCUGCGCAUCGGCAAGAUGCAGGAGAAGUGGCGCGUCAAGCUCGCCCGCUCCCUCGAGGCGCCCCUCAGGGGUGGCAACCGCCGCCGCUGGCUCGCGCGCUUCUUCGAAAAGUACGCCAUGUUCGCCCUGCCCUUCAUCACCGUCCUGCGCGAGGGCAUCGAGGCUGUCGUCUUCGUCGCCGGCGUCUCCUUCUCCGCCCCCGCCUACGCCGUGCCCCUGCCCGUCGUCGUCGGCCUGUUCGUCGGCGGCUUCAUCGGCUGGCUCCUCUACAAGGGCGGCUCCACGGCCAAGCUGCAGAUCUUCCUCGUCGCCUCCACAUGCUUGCUCUACCUCGUCUCCGCGGGUCUCUUCUCCCGCUCCGUCUGGCACUUUGAGGCCCAGAAGUGGAACGAGGCCGUCGGCGGCGACGCCACGGAGACGGGCAACGGCGCUGGCUCUUACGACAUUGACAAGAGCGUGUGGCACGUCAACUGCUGCCAGCCAGACGGUGCCACCGACGGUGGUUGGGGCAUCUUCAACGCCAUUCUCGGCUGGACAAACUCGGCCACGUACGGGUCCGUCAUCUCGUACAACCUGUACUGGCUCUUUGUCAUCUGCAUGUUCGUCGCGCUGCGCUUCCGUGAGCUCAAGGGCCACUGGCCCCUGAUGAAGGCCAAGGCCGCUUCCUCUUCUGCGGACACAGAGAGCCGCAGCGGAAGCGACGCCGCUGGCGUCGCCGAGUCCAAGGGCGCCCUGCGGGAGAAGACGACGACGGCAAGCGUCUGA